CAGCAUCAACCACCCGCCCUUCCCACACUCCCCUCAUUUCCUCCUUAAUUCCAAAACAACCAAACACUUUCCCCUCUUUCUUCAUCUUUAAUUCUCUGUUUUUCGAGUAAUGGAGGGCGCAUCGUUUGAAAAUGGCCACAACAUCGACGCCGGCCUCUGCAUGAAAGCUGCUGCUGAUCCGCUCAACUGGGCCGCGGCUGCCGAGUCGCUCAUGGGCAGCCACUUGGAGGAAGUCAAGCGGAUGGUGGCCGAGUACAGGAAGCCCGUGGUCGAGCUCCGAGGCAAGACGCUCUCCGUCGCUCAGGUCGCCUCCAUCGCCGCCCAUGACAAUGCAGUCAAGGUCGAGCUCUCCGAGGCGGCCCGGGCCGGCGUCAAGGCCAGCAGCGAUUGGGUCAUGGACAGCAUGAACAAGGGGACUGACAGCUACGGCGUCACCACCGGCUUCGGCGCCACCUCCCACCGGAGAACCAAGCAGGGCCAUGCUCUCCAACAGGAGCUCAUCAGGUUCUUGAAUGCCGGAAUCUUUGGGAAUGGAACAGGGUCAGGCCACACCCUGCCCCACUCAGCCACCCGGGCAGCCAUGCUCGUCAGAAUCAACACCCUUCUCCAGGGCUACUCCGGCAUCAGGUUUGAGAUCCUGGAAACAAUCACCAAACUCCUCAACCACAACGUCACUCCGUGCCUCCCCCUCCGCGGCACCAUCACGGCCUCUGGCGAUCUCGUCCCGUUGUCCUACAUUGCCGGUUUGCUCACGGGCAGGCCCAACUCUAAAGCUGUGGGCCCCAACGGGGAGACCCUCACCGCAGAGGAGGCAUUUCGCCUGGCCGGGAUCUCCGGUGGGUUUUUCGAGCUGCAGCCCAAGGAAGGACUUGCGCUUGUGAAUGGCACUGCAGUGGGUUCUGGCUUGGCAUCUAUGGUCCUCUUUGACGCCAAUGUGCUCGCGGUUUUAUCCGAGGUUCUGUCCGCGGUUUUCGCGGAGGUCAUGAAUGGGAAACCUGAGUUCACCGACCACCUGACCCACAAAUUGAAGCAUCACCCUGGCCAGAUUGAGGCAGCGGCCAUCAUGGAGCACAUUUUGGAUGGGAGCUAUUACAUGAAAGCUGCUCAAAAGCUGCACGAGACCGACCCGUUGCAGAAACCGAAGCAAGACCGUUAUGCUCUACGGACAUCGCCUCAGUGGCUCGGCCCUCAGAUUGAGGUCAUACGGGCUGCAACCAAAAUGAUUGAGCGUGAGAUCAACUCUGUCAAUGACAACCCCUUAAUCGAUGUAUCAAGAAACAAGGCAUUGCACGGCGGGAACUUCCAAGGCACCCCGAUCGGUGUGUCCAUGGACAACACCCGGUUAGCACUAGCCUCCAUUGGAAAGCUCUUGUUCGCCCAAUUCUCUGAGCUCGUAAACGAUUAUUACAACAACGGUUUGCCAUCCAACCUGACUGCGGGCCGGAAUCCGAGUCUUGAUUACGGCUUCAAGGGUGCUGAGAUUGCAAUGGCUUCCUACUGCUCGGAGCUCCAGUUCUUGGCUAACCCAGUCACUAACCACGUCCAGAGCGCUGAGCAGCACAACCAAGAUGUCAACUCAUUGGGUUUGAUAUCUGCGAGGAAGACCGCUGAGGCUGUGGAUGUACUCAAACUCAUGUCAUCCACGUUCCUCGUGGCCAUCUGCCAGGCUAUUGAUCUGAGGCACUUGGAGGAGAACUUGAAGAAUGGGGUGAAGAACACAGUCAGCCAGGUGGCGAAGAGGACUCUCACAACGGGUGUCAACGGGGAGCUUCACCCGUCGAGGUUCUGCGAGAAGGACUUGCUCCGGGUGGUCGACCGUGAGUACGUCUUUGCGUAUGCAGACGACGCGUGCAGUGCGAACUACCCGCUGAUGCAGAAGCUGAGGCAAGUCCUGGUGGACCAUGCGCUGGAGAACGGGGACAAUGAGAAGAACUUGAGCACUUCAAUAUUCCAUAAGAUUGCUGCUUUUGAAGACGAGCUGAAGGUGGUUCUUCCCAAGGAAGUGGAGGCUGUGAGAGUGGCCCUUGAGAGUGGGAACCCAGCCAUUCCAAACAGGAUCAAGGAGUGCCGGUCUUAUCCUCUCUACAAGUUCGUUCGUGAGGAGCUCGGAACGGAGGUGCUGACGGGGGAGAAGGUGAAAUCGCCAGGGGAGGUGUGUGACAUGGUGUUCACUGCAAUGUGUGAGGGAGGGAUCAUUGAUCCUUUGUUGGAAUGCCUCAAGAGCUGGGACGGGGCUCCUCUUCCCAUCUGUUAAAAUCAAUCAAUUAAUUAUACUUUUGUUUGCAAUUUUAAAUUCUAAUUUUUAUUUGUUGGAUGUUUGGAAAGCCAUUCCUCUUGUGAUCCUCAAUAUGCUAUGUGGAAGCUAGCUACGCUAGUUAGAAGCCUUAAAGUUGGGAUGGCUCUUGUUGUAUCUACCACAGUUGCCUCUUCUUUUCUUUCAUCAGUCCAACAUAAAUGCCAAGCAAUGCUCAUUUUAAGUUCUUUUUUAUUAUGAUUAUGAUGAUGAUUUAUGUCAUGUCUACCCAAUAAUGCAAGUUGUUGCGCCAACGAACAAAUAAAUUAAGUGCGUGCACUACUUUUCCCUUAUUGGGAAAUUGAAUAAAAUCACAUUCCAUUC